UGGCUGAUCUUUUAUUCUCGUAUUGUGUAAUUUUGUAUUAAACCUUAAUUACACCCAUAAAAUAGCUUUACUAAUCUGUUAAAUGAUUCUAUAAAAAUAAGUUUGUGAUAUUUAUAUAAUAAAGCAUCUCCCAAUCUUACCCUUCAGUCACGAAUAUAAGUUACUGAAAAAGAGAUGCUAUUCCAGUUGGUCCGUCGCCUCCAUACAAGCCCGCUGUGUCGAGCAGCAGAGUCAUCCCUGCUAGCCAAACUCCGCAAAAAGACCGGCUACACCAUAGCGAACUGCAAGAAGGCUCUUGAGAUGCACAACAACGAUUCAGACAAGGCGGAGUCUUGGCUCAAUGAGCAAGCUCAAGCGAUGGGCUGGGCGAAGGCGACCAAGCUGGCGGGCCGUACCGCGCUACAGGGCCUAGUCGCCGUCCGCUUCGACCACGGCCACGGCGCGCUGGUCGAACUCAACUGCGAGACAGACUUCGUCGCCAAAAAUGAGAAGUUCCACAAGAUGAUGGAAGACGCCACACUCGCCUGCUUCAAAUUCGCCCACACCCACCUUCAAGGCAAAGGCCCGAUCACAAAGAUGGAACUCGACAGCGAACAACUAGGCAACUUAACAGCAGAUGGCAAGAAGUUAUCAGAGAUACUAGCGCUAUUCAUCGGCAACGUAGGAGAGAACGCAGUGCUGCGCCGGGCGGAGUGCUGGAAGGCCAACAGUGAUGAUGUGAGGAUCGUGGCGUACACGCACCCCGCGCCCGCCGCGCCUGCGCAGUACUCGGCUGGCAAGUACGGCGCGCUGCUCGCGUACAGCCAACCCGCUGACCAGGAGGACGUUGGACGCCAGCUGUGCCAGCACGUCGUGGGCUGCGACCCCAAGAAGAUCGGCAACAAGGACAAGGACAAGCCGGCCAACAACUCGGACGACGAGACCUGCCUCAUCUACCAGGACUACCUACUCGACCCCUCCUACACCGUCGAGGAGAUCCUACAGAAACACAAAGUCCAAAUCCUAGACUACGUCAGAUUCUCAUGCGGGGAAUUGCUAGAAAGCAACAUGCCUGGUGUAGAAAAGCAACCGCUGGACACGGUCCAAACUCUGCAGUAGACUUAAAUUCGUAGAUCUAGAUUCAUCAAUGUGAUUAUACUGACACCGUUACAUUUGUUUUUGUUAAAUAUGUUUUAAAGUAUGUAUUUAUUUUGCAUUUAAGAAAUAAAAGAUGAAUUCAUUAUUA